AUGGCUGGCGACCUCACCUAUAUGCAGUUGCUCAAGAAGCAGUUCACUGUUUCGAAGCUUGCAUUCCACAUCCUCUUUUGGGGUAUGCACUGGGCCUUCUUUGCCUUUGGAUGGUGGAAGCAAGCCGCCGAUCCGCGCCUCGCUCCUCUCAACCUCCUGCAACAUUCGGUUUGGAUUUCUCGCGGCGCCGGUCUCGUCCUCACUAUCGAUGGCACCCUGAUCCUUCUCCCCGUCUGCCGAACGAUUAUGCGAUGGAUCCGACCUAAGAUCCGGUGGCUGCCCCUCGACGAGAACAUCUGGUUCCAUCGCCAGGUCGCCUAUUCCAUGCUGUUCUUUACCGUCGUCCACACCGCCGGUCACUACGUCAACUUCUACAAUGUCGAACGGACCCAGCUCCGCCCGGCGCUCGCUGUACAGAUCCAUUACAUGGACGCCGGCGGUGUCACCGGCCACGUCAUGCUCCUGUGCAUGCUCUUCAUGUAUACCACCGCCCACGCCAAGAUCCGCCAACAGUCUUUCGAGACAUUCUGGUAUACCCACCACCUCUUCAUCCCCUUCAUGCUGGGUCUCUACACCCACGCGACGGGCUGUUUCGUGCGGGACACUGCACUUCCUGUGUCGCCCUUCGCGGGUAAGGAGUUUUGGGACCACUGCCUCGGCUACUUGGGUUGGCGAUGGGAGCUCUUCGCCGGCGGCUUCUACUUGAUCGAGCGCAUCUACCGCGAGGUCCGCGCCGCCCGCGAUACCAAGAUCACCCGUGUUGUGCGCCACCCUUACGACGUCGUCGAGAUCCAGUUCGAGAAGCCCUCCUUCCGCUACAAGGCCGGCCAGUGGCUCUUCCUUCAGGUGCCCUCCAUUUCGCGCUACCAGUGGCACCCUUUCACCAUCACCUCGUGCCCCUACGACCCUUACGUGUCCGUCCAUGUUCGCCAGGUCGGUGACUUUACCCGCAUGCUCGGAGACGCUGUCGGUGCCGGUGCUGCGCAGGCGAAGCUCUACGAAGACGACAUUGAUCCCAACGCCAUGUACGAAGUCGCCCUGCAAAACGGCGAGGAAAUGCCCGCGCUCCGCAUCGACGGCCCCUACGGAGCGCCCGCCGAAGACGUCUUCGAGAACGAAAUCGCGGUCCUCAUCGGCACCGGAAUCGGCGUCACGCCCUGGGCCUCGAUCCUCAAGAACAUCUGGCACCUCCGCAAUGGACCCAACCCUCCCACCCGCCUCCGCCGCGUCGAGUUCAUCUGGGUCUGCAAGGACACGACGUCCUUCGAGUGGUUCCACGCACUGCUGUCCUCGCUCGAGAGGCAGAGCAGCGAGGACGCGCGUCUCCCCGGCGGAUCGCCCGACGAGUUCUUGAGGAUCCACACGUACUUGACGCAGAAGCUGGAUAUCAACACGGCGCAGAACAUUGUGUUGAAUUCGGUGGGUGCGGAUACGGAUCCGUUGACGGAGCUGAAGUCGAGGACGAAUUUUGGUAGGCCGAACUUUAAGAGGAUCUUUGAGGCGAUGAGGGAGGGGAUUGUGGAGAGGACGUAUCUUGGUGGGUUGGAUGGGAGUGCGCAGACGACUGUUGGUGUUUACUUUUGCGGACCUUCGGUUGCUGCUCGAAGUAUACAUCAGGCUUGCAAGGAGGUCAACACUCCCGAUGUCAAGUUUAGGUUCUGGAAGGAGCACUUUUAA